GUCGGCGUUGUUCUUGAGAAACAUUUAAACACAGUCAAUUUUUAUGCAAAAAACUAUAAAACAAAUAGUUCCAACAGAAUAAUACAUCAUAGAGUUGAAUAACAUUUAAAAAGUGCAAAUUACGUGAAAUUCACAAAUUGUUAAUCAAAAUGAAAACCGAGGGUAAUGAUAACUCUAAUGACAGUCGAGAGAAAGAUCGGGAUCGCCGUGUACGUGGAGCACGUGCAUCCAGAUUUUCAGAUGCUGAUGCUGCUGGUCUUGGUAGCGGAGGCGCAGGUGGCAGUAGCAACUCUGGCAGCAACGUUAACCGUGAUCGCAGUCGAGAACGCAGAAAUUGUCGCGUUUAUAUAUCAAACAUCCCAUACGACUAUCGCUGGCAAGAUUUAAAAGACUUAUUCCGACGCAUUGUUGGAUCUGUGGAAUAUGUAGAAUUGUUUCAUGAUGAGAAUGGGAAGGCUCGUGGAUGUGGAAUUGUCGAAUUCAAAGAUCCAGAUAACGUAGAGAAGGCUUUGGAAAAAAUGAAUCGCUAUGAAAUAAAUGGGCGCGAAUUAGUUGUCAAAGAAGAUCAUGGCGAACAACGUGAUCAGUAUGGGCGCAUUGUGCGUGAUGGAGGAGGACCUGUACGAGGAAGUGGAGGAGGUGGCGCCGGUAUCGAAAUGGGUGAACGAGAUAGAGGAUUCUCACGAAGAGACGAUGACAGAUCUGGGCGUAAUAAUUUUAACAUGAUGUCGAAUGAUUUUAAUAAUUCAUCGAAUUACAAUUUGUAUGGUCUUUCUGCUUCGUUUUUGGAGAGUCUGGGCAUAAGUGGACCUUUGCAUAAUAAGGUUUUUGUUGCUAAUCUGGACUAUAAAGUCGAUACUAAGAAACUUAAACAAGUCUUUAAACUGGCAGGCAAAGUGCAGAGCGUAGAUCUUUCUGUUGACAAGGAGGGUAACAGCCGUGGCUUUGCUGUUGUGGAGUAUGAUCAUCCAGUGGAGGCUGUACAGGCUAUUUCUAUGCUGGAUCGUCAAAUGCUUUUCGAUCGUCGCAUGACGGUUCGUUUAGAUCGAAUUCCCGACAAAGGGGAGGGUUUAAAAUUACCCGAAGGUCUUGGUGGAGUUGGCAUUGGACUUGGUCCAAAUGGUGAACCACUGAGGGAUGUGGCACGCAACUUACCCAGCAUUAUUCAACAGCAACAGAAUCAGCCAAAUCAAGCAUCGUUGUCUUCACAAGCCGGAUCCAAUAUCUUGGGAAAUAUGGUAGCCAAUAUGGGUGGUGGUGGUAGUGGCGGUGGAGGAAACGGCGGCAUGUUUAGCAGUCAAACAGUCCAGCCAUCUCCAGUUGCUCCUGUGGUACAGGCAGCAGCAAAGUCUCUAGGUAACAAUGCAGCGGGCCUAAAUUUGGGUAACCUAUCUACAACCAAUUUGGCGGCAUUAUCGAAUGUAGUUGGCGGACUUGGCGCAGCACUUUCCAAUCCAUUGCUUACAACGUCUCUUAACAACCUGGGGUUGAAUUUGGGUCCAUCGGGUGGCGGAAAUGAGGAUUCCAUGUCUUCGGGCAAUGCAGCUUUAUCCAACAACUACAGCACCGGCGGCAAUAACUAUAGCUCCGGUUUCGGAUCUUCCGGUUUCAAUACAGGCAGUGGUGGAAAUUCUGGUGGAGGCUUCAACGCAUACAACACCAGCAGUGGUAACGCCAGUGGUGUCGGUGGUGCCAUGGAUGGCAACGAUUACAGCGGUGGCGGUAACAUUGAUAUGUAUAGUGGAGGUGGCAGUGGCGGCAGUAAUGCAGGCAAUACAAGCAACAAUCCGCGCAAGUCGGAUACAAUUAUCAUAAAGAAUAUUCCAUUAAGUUGCACUUGGCAAACUUUGCGGGAUAAAUUCCGUGACGUUGGCGAAGUAAAAUUCGCUGAGAUUCGAGGCAAUGAUUUGGGAGUUGUGAGAUUCUUUAAAGAACGGGAUGCUGAGUUAGCUAUCGCUUUGAUGGACGGUUCUCGAAUGGAUGGUAGGACGAUUAAAGUUACAUAUUUCUAAAGAUACUAUAACCACUAGCCCAUAGAUGUCGAUUACUAUAAAACCAAGAUUUCUCAAUAAUCCCGAACAUUCAGUUUUAAGAUUUUUACAUAUAAAUGUGAAUUACAUGUAUUAUUUAUAUAUUUUUAUAAAAUAAGCAAACAUUUCACAUCAUUGACAAUUUUACAAAUUAUCCACAAACUGUGCAAACGGCAUACGGCGUGGUAAAAAUGAUUAAGUAAUUUCCAUUGUCGUUUUAACUGAAAUAUUUUGAGAAUUGUAUGCUUUAUGACUAUGAAUAAAAUUUAAUAAAUACA